AUGAAUACUUCAAGGCGACAUUCAUACGGGGUGCCAUCUAGGUGCUGGUGCGGGAAAGGGGUUGUGAUAUUCUACUCGAGAACUGAUGACAAUCCUUACCGACGGUUCUAUAGAUGUGAAAUAGGGGCACAGCGAAAGAAGGAAAAUCAUUUAUUUAAAUGGGUUGAUGACGCCUUGCUUGAUGAGAUUCGAAGGGUAGAGGCUGAGCAAGGGAGAAUUGUGGAAGAGAUUGAAGAUCUGAAAAGUAGUAUCACACAGAGAAUAGAAGAAGAAGUUAGGAAGCAGAAAAAUUCACUCGAAUUAGGUUGCUUAGGAGGCAUUCUAUGGCUUUUUGGAAGAUUAAGAAGCCAAGAAUGA